AUGCAUCGGCUGCUAGACUGGGAUUUUCACGUCCUUGCUUUGCCGCCGGCGAGUGCUGUGCUGGUGACCAGGGACUUGUUGACUCAGUUUGCCUUGAAGGCCAACAUGGACAUUCCUGGGGAAAUCCUCAUGGCGUUUUCUGUGGCCAUCUACAAAAACUACCGACCAAAUCCGUAUCACAACUUCUACCACGCCCUCAACGUCACCCAGGUUCUAUGUCUUUUGCUGGCCCUGCCUGAUGUGGCAGCCCAGUUUAGUCCAAUCGAUUAUCUCGUCCUCUCUGUAGCGGCCCUGGGGCACGACUUGGGACAUCCGGGCGCUAACAACCUAUUCAUGACAAGAUUCGACUGCUGGCCUUCGAGGAUCUACCAGAACGUGUCCGUACUCGAGAAUUACCAUGCAGCGAGUCUCUUCCAGAUCCUCAGGCACCCCGCAUUCAACGUGUUUUGCUCAGUGUCUCCCACCAAUUUCGCCCCGAUCCGGAAGCGCAUUAUAAGUGCAAUUCUGUGGACAGACAUGGCCAAGCACUUCGAUGUGGUCGCCAAGUUGCAGGCAAAGAUUCAGGGAGAAAUGGUGCUUGCUGAGGGCAUUAUAGUCACCUUAACGAAACCUUAUCUGGAAGGUCUGCUGCUGCAUGCCGCAGAUAUCAGCAAUCCGAUGAUGGACUUCGAGCUUUGUCGGGAUUGGGCCUUCCGGGCAUGCGACGAAUUCUACCAGCAGAACAAAAUGGAAGAAAUGGGCGGCUUUCCUCCCUCCAUGCCGAGCUUUGAGCACUUUGACGAGUACAACGUGGCCAAGUGCCAAGUCGGCUUCAUCGAUGCCAUUUGCAAGCCGCUGUUCAACAGCCUGGCACUCAUGUUUCCUGCCCAGCUGGGCGACCGCGCUACUCAGCUGCAGAAAAACAGGUGUGUACCUUUGAUUAUCUUCCCCACCUAG